AUGAAUGAUUAAAUCAGAUGGCAACACUACAAACAUAAACUAAUGAAUAACAAAACAAGUGAUGCGCAAAUUUUAUAUUAUAGAAUAAAUCAAUUAAAAAGUGUCAUAAGCAACCUCUGCUUGAUUUAGGUCUUCAAUAUAUAUCUAACAAUAUCUAUGCAAAAUAAGCUUAUUGGAUGCCAAAUGAAGAGAAUUGAGAAUUGUUUUCCUCUUCAAAUAAAGUUCACAUUGAUCAAUUUUCAACAUCUGCUUAAGUAGCGGAUCGAGAAACCUAUCAUUUGUAUGUUUAAUGACAAAUACAUGAAAUUCCUUAAGAUUGGGAUUAUAAUACUGUGGAAUGUAAGAAAAAGGUUGAAAUAUUGUAUUUAAAUUAAACAUUUUAUAGACUUUUUCUGGAGAAUUCUUCAGGUUAGAAUGAUUACCACUUUUUGGUACUUCGAUUUAAGGAGAUAUAAACCUAUUACAAGAUUCAAAUCAAGAUUGCAUAGCUUAUGCUUUAAGAUAUUUAUACUGAUGUUUAAAAAUAACUUCAAAAAAUACAUACUAAAUUCAAAUUUUAUAUUUAAUGAAUUUAACAAUUUUGACUUAAAUUAAUUCAUUCGAGUUAAGCCAGUUAAAACUUUUAGAAAUUUUAUAUUCUAUAAUAUAAAGUAUUACGUUAAAAAGUAUUUAUUAAUGUAAGAGUAAAAUAAUAAUACGUCAGAAAAGUAAGAAUUUAUAAGUUCUGAUUUAACGUAUGAAUUUUAUAAAUUGCAUCUUAAUAUCCAAAAAAUAUAAAUUAUAAUGCAAAAUCAAGUUGUUUAAAAUGGAAUAUCAGAAAUCUAGAAGUAUACAAAGGCUAUACUGGGAAACAAAAACUAUGUGGCAAAGAAGCUAGCCGAAGAUCCCGACUAUUUCUCGAAGUUAGCAAAGGGCCAGAAUCCAAAAUAUCUGUUAAUCGGAUGUUCCGAUUCCAGAGCUCCUCCAAAUGAAUUGACAGAGACAGAUCCAGGAGAAAUCUUCAUCCAUCGUAACAUAGCCAACGUGGUUAAUAUGACAGAUUUGAAUUUAAAUUGCGUGGUGCAAUAUGCCGUGGAACAUUUGAAAGUCCAUAACAUCAUUAUUAUGGGUCAUACAUUCUGUGGAGGAGUAAAAGCAGCCAUGAAUUAAGACUCAGUAGGUGGUUUAUUAGACCUCUGGCUCAAUAAUAUCAAACAUGUGUACGAGAAGAAUCAACAUCUUGUGAAUCAAUUUUAGGAUGAGAAUGACCGAGUUGCAUGUUUAUCAUGCUUAAAUGUCAGAGAAUAAGUGCUUAAUAUGUGGAAGAAUCCAAUAGUCUAGAAAUCUUGGCAAGAUGGACAUCCUGUUAUGAUACAUGGAUGGUUAUUCAGAGUCGAGACAGGCUAUAUUGAGGAAUUGUAAAUUGAUGAGAGUAUCCCUGAAAAUUUGUCGAAUGUGUUCAGGUUACAAUUCAAGAAUGCUUAAUAAGCAGCAAAGGCUUAAUAACAAGAUGACAAAGGCGACAAUAAUGAGAAAAAUGUGCCCUCUUCAAACAGUGAGAAAUAUCAGCAAAUGCAAAACAAAUUAGAAAGUGAAUUCAGGAAGUUAUCCCCUAACUCUUAAGAUUCUAAUCAAGAACCUUAGAAGAACAUGGUUAGCUAAAUUUCUGGUCUUCUACAAGAGGACCCCAAUUUUAAAUAAGAAAAUAUAUGA